AAAAUGUCAUUGCGACCGGACGACCACCGCCGGAAGUGGGACCGCAAGGAGUACGAACGAUUGGCCCAGGAACGGAUACUCGCCAAGGAUAAAGGCAAUGAAGAUGAAGAACCCGUCACCAAGGAGCUGCUUAAGCAGCGCGAGUACAAAGUUGACCUGGACAGCAAACUGGGCAAAAGCAUGGUCAUCAACAAGAGCACACCUUCGUCCCAAUCCGGUGGAUACUAUUGCAACGUGUGCGACUGUGUCGUGAAGGAUUCUAUCAACUUUCUCGAUCACAUCAAUGGGAAAAAGCACCAGCGGAACCUUGGCAUGUCGAUGAAGGUUGAACGCAGCUCGCUCGAUCAGGUGAAGGAACGCUUCAAGAUCAAUAAGAAAAAAAGCGAAGAGAAGAAGAAAGACUACGAGCUGGAGUCCAGAGUGCGCGAGGCCAAGGAGGAGGAAGACCGAUACCGAGAGUACAAACGCGAGAAGAGAAAAGAACGCAAGCGAAAGCACGAAGAUGACGAUGCUGAUCCGGACCAGGAUGCAGGAAGCUCAGAAAUGGCCGCCAUCAUGGGCUUUGCCGGGUUCGGAGGGUCUAAAAAGAACUGAAUUAUAGCCUCAAUCAUAGGCGAAGGCGUCAACACCAUGCAAUUAGUGGCAAGGGCUCUGACCAUGGGCGGAUCGUCCUAAGAGCGAACCUAACGACGAUAGGGCCUCAAGAAAUUUCACGAUCUUACCAACGAGUACCAUCUUAGUUACAAAGACCUCCGUAAACAAGAACUUCUUGAGCUUCCUCUCAUGGGUUGAUCCGCCUGUGGCUUGCACUCUGAAUAGCUUCUAGGGCCUUCGGAAUACGGAAUCUUCCGGAUUCUUCGCAUGGUUCCAACUCACCGAAUGCCUGCAAAGGCGCAUGAACUAACAGACGGACUUUACAACGGGAAGUAACGAUACGCACGAUAUUUGAAACGGUACGUACUGGCUCUCCUUAACGUGCAUCAGUUGUUCAGUCUUUACAUGAAUCAUAUUUGACCUAUUAUAACUGAUAAUGUAUUGAAAUAAACUCUAUUUAAAUCUUCGAACCU